GCCAUAUCCGUCAACCCCACACUUUGUAAAAGAUAAGAAAAGCUAUCCACUGUCUCUGGCUAUUGCUUUAGCCAAACCAAAGACCAAUGAACUCUACACUCUUCUCUCCCCCAAAACCUUUAGCUACAACCCCAAUUCAGAUCCCCCCAGCUGCACACCACCGCCACCUCCGACCAAUUAAAUUUGGUCCCAUCAAAAGCAGCAGCAGCAACGACACAGCCAGCAACAACAACGGCGAAAAAGCAUCGCAGACAGUCACGCCUCGCAUAACGCCACCGGACACAGUCGAGAUCCGGUUCCGGCGAGGGUCAAGAAGAAGACAGAGACAGCAAGAACAGGAUGGCAUCACCAACGGACUGCCAAAGAAGGCAGAGGCCGUUAAGGACUGGGAGGACAUGACCAUCACAGAGAAGGCGAUAGAGCUGUAUGUGGGAGAGAAGGGUGCCUUGUUCUGGCUUAACAAGUUUGCUUACGCCUCCAUCUUCAUCGUAAUUGGGGCUUGGAUACUGUUUCGCUUCGUCGGUCCUGCUCUCAACCUUUACCAACUUGAUUCUCCUCCUCUAUCUCCUACCUCUAUUUUGAAGGGCUGAUGAUCAACCCCCAUAAGCAUAUGACAUUAUGAAUCCAUGAAUGGGAAUAAAAUUCAUGUAGAUUGGGUUGUAGAGAGAGACCACAUAAUUAGAUAUAAAGUAGAUAAAAACUAAGAAAACAUUUUUAUUCUCUUGUUAAA